AUGGCUGCUUCAACCGCACAAACUCAGAGUUUGCCUCAGACGUCUCUCUAUGUUGGGGAUCUGCACCCUCUUGUGACGGAAUCUAUGUUAUACGCCACUUUCUCCAGCAUUGGUCACGUUUUGAGUGCACGCGUGUGUCGGGAUGUUGCUCGACAGUCUUCUCUCUGUUACGGUUACGUUAACUUUGAAAACCCUAAGGACGCUGAGCGUGCUCUGGAGAGUCUUAUUUAUGAGAAUAUUCUGGGUCGGCAGAUCCGCAUCAUGUGGUGUGUUCGAGAUCCGUCACUCCGCAAAUCUGGGCGCGGGAAUAUUUUCAUCAAGAACCUUGAUAAGAGUAUUGCCCAAAAGGAUUUGUAUGACACUUUCUCACACUUCGGCAAAAUUCUCUCUUGCAAAAUUGCUAUUGAUGAAUCUGGCAACUCGAAAGGGUACGGGUUCAUCCACUUUGAAGACGAGGAGUGCGCUGAAGCUGCAAUCAAGGCCGUUAACGGGAAGAUGAUAAACGAUCGUAUCGUGUAUGUUGGUCCAUUCAUCCCACGCAAUCAAAGAAAAUCAGCCAGUGGAAAACAAAAAUUCAACAACUGCUAUGUAAAGAAUUUUUCUGAAGAUCUUAGCGAUGAGGGCUUCAAGCAAAUCUUUUCCGAGUUCGGUGAAAUUAAAAGCGCUUGCAUUAUGCGCGAUAGCGAAGGAAAGUCCAGGGGUUUUGGCUUUGUCUGCUUUGCUGACCCUGAUCAUGCGGAAGCUGCCGUCAAUAGUCUUAACGGAAAGGAGAUCAAUGGCCAGCCACUUUACGUCAACAGAGCUCAGCGGAAAGCCGAGCGCCAGGAAAUCCUACGUCAGCAGUUCGAAAAACAGCGUGUAGAACGUUUAUCGAAAUAUGCUGCUGGUAUCAAUCUCUACGUCAAAAAUCUAGACGACUCGGUUAAUGAUGCCCGUCUAAAAGAGGCUUUUAGUAAGUUUGGGAAGAUUACCAGCGCAAAAGUGAUGACCGAUGGUCUUGGGAAUUCAAAAGGCUUCGGAUUCGUCUGUUUCACCUCUCCAGAGGAAGCUAAGGAAGCCAUCUCGUUAAAUGGCUCUCUCUUGGGUAGUAAGCCUUUGUAUGUCGCCCUUGCGCAACGCCGUGAUGAUCGGCGUGCCAAGCUGUUUGCUGAACACCAACAGCGUCUUCAGUACAGGGCAAAUUUCAACAAUAUUCCCACCGCACAUGGUAUUCCAAACUUCUUUGCACAGCCCGCGUUUCCUCCAGCGCAGCGGUUUUACCACGCUGCACCACCUAUAACAUCACAACCCCGUUGGAAUCGCCCAGGCAUUGGUGGUCCCCAAGUUCCGUUUGGGCAACCUGGCAUUGGCGCCGCCACUGCUUUGCGACCCGCUAUGGGAGCUCCUUAUGUCGGUAGCUCUGGUGCGAUUGCCGCCAUGGGUCAGGGCCAGCUUGCGCAAAGUAACUUGGUUAAUCCUCAAUUUCGUGGACAAGGUGCGGCGCGUAGCAUGUUGCCCAAUACGAUGAGCGGUAUGGGUACUGGAGCUGCCGGCGCCGCGAUGGUUGCCCCUGGGGCAGGUGGUCCACAGCAGUAUAGCACCCAACGGGCCAGUAUGCCAGCCCAAGUUUUAGGUAGCGCAAAUAAUGUGCCAAGGCCGACGAUGGCAACAGUCACUGCUGGCAUUCGGCCAAGCUCUGCGGGUCAGAUUCCUCGUCAAAUGGUGCAGCCCAACAUGACCGGUGCGGCGGCUGCUAAUGUUCGUUUCAAUCAGACCGCCAGGAAUGUCUCUGGACAAUCGCGACCCGUGUCAAUGCGUGCGGGUGUUGGCGACCAAGCCGGUGCGUUCGUGGGUGCCCUAACUGAGCAGGAUCAGAAACAGAUGCUCGGCGAACAAAUCUUCCGGAAAGUUGAGAAGAUCAAUUCGGAUCUUGCUGGGAAGAUUACUGGGAUGCUUAUUGGAAUGGACGCUACGGAGUUGGUGAGGAUGCUCGAGUCUGACGACAUUCUUCACGAAAAGGUCCAGGAAGGCAUUGCCGUCCUAGAAAAGCGGGCAACUAAUCCUCCAAAUGGUUCCGUCGAAAAUGCACCUGUCAGCCACCCAAGUGAUUCAAUUGGCUCCGUUCAAGUUGAAACGACCAAAAAGGCGGAGCGCCAGUAGUAGUG